UAAAUUUUGAUGUUUGACAUUUAACAUUGUUUGCGUCUCUGAUCGAUAACUACAAAACAAAAUAAGUUUUUAUCAAAUUUCUCAAUUACUGCGAGAUGAAAGACGUUAUAGAUGUGACUGCUUUGCAAAGCAGCAGACGAGAGAGAAGAUUACCUGACUAUCGUAGUGCUCCGAGUCAUAGUUUAGCAACAAACUUCAUAUUUGAAUGUGGUAUUAAACUUGGUUUGCAACCGGCGACCGUUGCAACUGCUGCCAUAUUCUAUCACAAAUUCUUCAAAGAAGCUGAUAAAAAUGAUUACGACUGUUACGUGAUAUGUACUGCUUGCUUGUGUGCGGCGGGGAAAUCGCGUGACGAGCCUGUGAGACUACGAGAUGCUGUGAACGUCGCUCAUAACUCGAUCAACCGCGGAGCUGGGCCAUUAGAACUGGGUGAAGAGUAUUGGUCGUGGCGAGGCGCGGUUGCUCAAGCGGAGCUGCUAGUAUUAAGGUUAUUGGGAUUCAACCUGGAAGCGCCUUCCCCUCAUAGAUACUUGCUACACUACUUGCGAUCGCUCCAGGAAUGGUUCCCACCGUCACAGUGGCGCUCUGCCCCCAUUGCCCGCACUGCCAUGGCUUUCUUGCAAGAUUAUCAUCAUUCUCCUUCAAUACUGGACUACAGAGCACCUCAUGUAGCUGUUGCGUGUUUGACAUUAGCACUGCAUGUUUUGGGAGUCUCAGUUCCGUUAGCAUCAACAUUGGAUGAUGAUGCAGCAUGGUAUUCAGUAUUUACCAAAGACUUGCAGAAAGAAAAAAAUUGGGAGAUAAUGGAGAAAAUUAUGCAAGUCUACAGCAGAGAGCCAGAACCUAUCUAAGUAUAUGAAUAUGUUUUAUUUCAUGUAUAUUACUAAUAAAGGGACAUUGAAUGUGUGAUGUGAAGUUUUGUAAA